AUGCUAGUAUCUGUUGUUGAUGGUCAUGAUGUCCUUCUCCUCAUCUGCCUCGCAGCUGUUGCUGCUGCCGACAGCCAGGAAUCCUUCGAGUCCUACGAGUCAGGUGAGGCCAAAUACGACUUCAACUGGGCUGUCAAGCAUGACGACUCCGGGAACGAUUUCGGAUACCAGGAGGCCCGUGACGGCGACCACACACAGGGAUCCUACUACGUGCAGCUUCCCGACGACCGCCUGCAGACCGUCAGGUUCGUCGUGGACGGCGACUCCGGCUACGUGGCCGAAGUCAGCUACGAGGGCGAGGCUCGUUACCCCGAUUCGUACGAGUCAAAUGAAUCGAAAUAG